AUGGCCGACAACGUCAUUCCAAGCUUUAAGGCAGCAGAUCUGGUUAUCCAGCUGUCUUCCACUCCGAAGACCAAACCUGAAGUCUCCACCUUUGGGUCCGUCUUCACUGACCACAUGCUGACCAUCGAGUGGAGUGGGACUGAGGGCUGGCAGGCUCCACUUAUUAAGCCCUUUGGGAACAUGUCCCUCCAUCCAGCCUGCUCAUCACUACACUAUGGUGUUCAGCUGUUUGAAGGCUUGAAGGCCUAUCGUGGGGAUGACAACUAUCUGCGCCUCUUCAGACCGAUGCUUAACAUGAAUCGCAUGUCCAAGUCUGCUAAGAGAGCUUGUCUCCCUACUUUUGAUCAGUCAGAGUUCCUGGAGUGUAUCAGGCGUCUGGUAGAGAUUGAUCAGGACUGGGUUCCUUACUCAGACUCAGCAGGACUGUACAUAAGACCAACAUUUAUUAGCACUGAGCCCUCUCUGGGUGUGAAGAAGCCCAGCCACGCCUUGCUGUAUGUGAUCUUGUGUCAAGCGGGGGCUUAUUUCCAUAACGAGGCAGAAGCUCUGUCCUUGUGGGCCGACCCAAAGUACACACGGGCUUGGAAAGGAGGAACUGGAGACUGCAAGAUGGGAGGGAAUUACGGAUGUUCUUUGCUGGCCCAGUAUGAAGCAGUGGAUUAUGGGUGUCAGCAGGUGCUGUGGCUCUAUGGAGAGGACCACCAGAUCACUGAAGCAGGGACCAUGAACAUCUUCCUUCACUGGAUCAAUGAGGAUGGAGAGGAGGAACUUGCUACCCCACCGUUGGACGGCAUCAUACUUCCAGGUGUUACCCGGCAGAGCAUCCUGGAACUAACCAGGAAAUGGGGUGAGUUUAAGGUGACAGAACGCUACCUGACCAUGAGCCAGCUGUGCUCCGCACUGGAGCAGCAGCGCGUCAGAGAGAUGUUUGGCUCUGGAACGGCGUGCAUGAUCUGCCCCAUAGGACACAUUGUGUAUCAGGGGACGGACUUGCAUAUCCCUUGUCAGGAUAAAAACCCACAGCUGACUGUAAGGAUAGCGAAAGAACUCACAGAUAUACAGUAUGGACGCACGCCCAGUGACUGGACUUUCCUGGUGUAG